AUGGAUAUAUUUUUGCUCAUUAUGACAAUUAUUGUAGGAGUGUUGUUGAUCUUCUGCAACAUUUAUAUUUUAGGAGUCUAUUGUCAUCCAGAAGAUAAGGGAUUUGGAGCAAAUGCUUAUUGCAAACUAAUAGUCGUUGUUGGAUUUACUCUCAGCUGGGGACAAGUGUUAAUGGUUCCAUUGGAUGUUUCGAAUUCAAGAGGAUAUGGAGGAGGAUUUGAUAUGAUGACAGUUUGGUAUGUAAUUUACAUUAUAGUUCUUGUAUUUAUUUCCUUCAUUAUUCCCACGGCAUAAUUCUACUACGAAUCUGAUGAUGAAAAAUCGAUGUGUGAGAGAUUGACUUAGACAAUAGCAAUGGAAUUUGUAAUGAUUUUGCUUAUGGGUGUUUUUUAGUGUAUUUUUUAUCUGUUUUGCUCUCAGGCAUCUGUUCCAAUUACUGUUUUAUACUACGGAAGCAGUGUAGCAAAUAAUGGCAUGGUUAAUUUCGAUUAUGUCAUUCCAUAAAAUUAUUUUGUUACUGUAUCUUAGAGUACCUAACAGGCUAAUCUCAAAUUCAAUGUCAGUCUUUAUAUAAGCAUAAUGGCUUUUUUGUCAUUUAUAGGCUACUUUUUCUUAGUUCUAUUCGGAGGUAUGGGCUUAUCAGCGCUACCUAUUGACUUGCUUAGAUCAUACAGAUCCAGACCUACAUUUAAAACAUCAAAAUAAGCAUUCGCAAAAAAGAAUUAGCUUAAAGAAAUGACUUAAAAGCUAAUUGAUUUGUCAGAGAAGAUACAAGAGGAUCUGCUAGAAAUAAAGUAUUAGAAAGGUUUCUGGGCAAGAAGAAAAAUGAAUAACAAAUCAUCAGCAGAAUUUUAGGUUUUUUCCGAAGCAGUUCUAUAAUUAGAUGAUGAACACUAGCUAUUUAAAAUGGAAUUAGAUAUUGCUACCACAAAUCCACUCAUUUAUUAUGCUAAAUUACUUUUAGGAUUUUUUGGAAUUAUAAUUUCCUUAGUCUGGUGGGUUCACAUCUUGCUUGCAGUAUUAAUUAAGAAGAAUGGUUUUCCAAUUUAUGCUUUGCUCGAUAAAAUGUUUUUAAAGUUAGAGAGUAUUGGAGUAUCAUUUUUGGCUGUGGCAUUUUUUACCAUGUUUACUUUGUAUUUGCUAUGGUGUACAAUGAAAGGAAAUUUCAAAAUCGGUAUAGCAAUACCUUUUCUCUUCACUAUACAUCCAAUGAGGCCAAACGAAACAUGGAUGAAUAGCUUUUUGUUUAAUUUAAACAUAAUUCUAAUCACUACUGUAGCGUUAGUUUAAUUUGUUUCUAAGUGCUUUUCUUAAUAUAUGAGAUACACUGAAUUAGAUUAAAUAUAUGGAAGAUAGGUUGAAUACCUUGAAUUCUACAAAUAUUUUUAUACAAAUAAUGUUUUUGAAAUAGCUUUAUUGUGUUGGAGUGGUUUAAGUGCCAUAUAUUUCAUCUAUAAAAGCCAAGAAAAACCAAAGCUUUUACUUGAAAUUGAGCAACAAAAGACCAAAAUGGAAAAAUAGUAUAAAGGAAAAAACGAAAUAGAACUAUAAGAACUUCUAAUUAAAAAAGGAGUUAAUAAAAGAGAUAUACCUGGACAAGAUAAUGAUAAUAAUGAUAAAAAAAGUACCAAAGGUAAAGAUAAAAAAGGCAAAGAAGAAAAAGACCUUGAGAAAGGUAAGAGCAAAGAAAAAGAAAAAGAUAAAGAUAAAGAUAAAGGGAAAUCAAAAGGUAAAGAAAAAGCUGAAACUGAAAUGAGUGUUUACGAUUUUUAUGACAAUGAAGCCGAAAAAAAUAAAUCUAAGAAAGGAGAUUCGAAGAAGAAGAAAUGA